AUGGAAGAAAACGAAAGGGAAAUAAAAGAUGAUAAUAAACAUGUAUAUCAUGAAAAUGUAAAUGGGAUAGUGAAUAUGAAAAAAGAUAUCAGUGAUCCAGAAAAAUUAUAUCGAUCCAAAAUAGUAAAUAAAAAUGUAAAAGAAAGUGUAAUGUCAGAUAAUAUAAAUACGAUAACAAUUGAAAAAAUUACAAAUAUUCCAAAUGUAAUAUUUAAAGAAAUAAUAAAAGAACAUAACAAAGAAGAAGGAAAAAAAAUAUUUACAGAAUAUAUUGUAAAAAAUAACAUAAAUGGUAUAGAAAAACAAAAUAGUAAAAUAACAAAACCGUAUAAUGAUAUAUCGAUUGAUAAAAUAAGACAAGAAAUAUAUCACAAAGAAAUAAAAAAAUAUAUUCCAAAAGGUACUGAAUUAAUUGUUAAGAAAACUUUAAAAAUACCUAAAAUAAAACCAAAAUAUGUUGAAGUUCCUGUACCUAUAUAUACACCUUGCUAUAUUGAAGUCCCAAUACCUAUACAAUAUAUUCCAGUACCUAAGGAUGAAUUUAAAGAACAUUUUAUAUGUGGUGUGUUAAAUGUUGAUAAUAUAUCAAAAUAUCCAAAUGUAUAUAAUCCAGAUAAUAAUAAAGAAAUAAACAAUAAUAAAGAUAAUGAUAAAUCUUUUUUUUUUAAUUUAAAACGCGCAUUAAGUAUUAUUUUUCCAUGUGCACAAAUAUGUAACUAA